AUGGUCGACGACAUCACCGCUCCCUCCACCGGUUUUGAGCUUGAAACUUACAGCAAUGUCUCGGCCAUCUUGAAGUCCCAGACCCCUGGUACGCACUACCUCAGCACUGCGAAGAUGGGCACCGAUGAUGGACGUAAGAACGGCACUUCCGUUGUUGAUACUAAUACCAAGGUUUACGGAGUGGAUGACCUGUUCAUUGUUGAUGCCAGUAUCCAUCCCGACCUCCCGACCGGUAACAUUCAAACCGCCGCGAUAGUGGUCGCUGAAGCCGCCGAAGAAAGAUUUUGUCUAAGUAAGUUGUUAUUACUGAAGAAAUACGGCAGAAGCGAAGUUGGAGAACCUGCGCAGUCGUGA